AUGUCGACAGCGCCGAACGCACGGCCGCCCGGAGAGGCCUGGCAGCCUCCGAACGGUGUAUCGACGCGCUUGCGCGCCAACAGCGACGCGCCACGCGCGCGGUCGUUCCGCACUGUCGACGACCUAGAGCCAGCUGCUGUUCAGGAGGAUCAUGGGGUGCAUGAGAGGGGCCGGCGAGCUGUGCCCAGUUCGACGGAAGAAGAGCUGUCGCUAUUCAGGCGGCAAGGCAAGAGGCAGUGGCGCGGAAGGCGACACUCGGUAGUGGUAUACGCCGAGGAGGCCGAGGAUGCGGCAACAUUCUCGGACGACCCUGGCAUGUCCACGAGCACGAGCACGACUCCGAGCGACUCGGGAUGCGCGACCCCCGCGACACUCUCGCGCGCGUCCUCUCUGCGAAGGCACAAUCUGAACGUCGGGGACGUGGAGUACUUGAGGAUUGCGUUCAGCGGCUUGGACCUCUCACCCUCACCUCCUCACGAAGUACACCUUGACAGCCUCGAGCCCGAGUCCCAGAUCGAAGGAUGCUCGAUCAGGCUGCUCCCGUCAAAGUCUGCCCAGCGGGCGGAGCACUUCUUCGACCCGACUGAGACGGGUCUCCCGGUGUUCCGCCCUCUGCACCCAGCGAUGAGUCUCUCGCGAUUGUCUGUAGCGAGUGGUGUAAGAUUGCGUUGGAAGCAAUCGCCCUUUGGAGUGCCUGUCUUCGCCGGAAAACUUGAGCACGGGCUCCAGAGCACCCCGCGCACGCCAGAAGGCCUCAGCGCGCACCACGCGAGCGCACGGUGGGCGACAGACGAGCAGCAUUUUCCGACGUCGGUGUGGGGAACUGUCUGGAAGUGGCAAUCUUCAUCGGGAAGUGCCGCGCGCGCGCGCCAUUCAGUACGCGCGCACUCCGGAGAAGAGCCUGCUCCCGACACGAAAAUUUUCUGCUCUUUUUCUCCUCCUGCCACCACCAUCCCCCCACCCCUCCUUCGACACGCCUGCGACGACACCGACGCCCCGCCCGAUGACGAGGGAGGUGCUCCCGCGGUCGGUCGCCGCGGGACGUCCUCGGGGCCGCGCCCGUCGCGACUCGCGGUGCCGGCGCGCGGGUACCGGCGGCUGGCGAAGCGUCUGUGGCGCGCGCUGGCUGGCUGUAUGCGCUUGCUUUCAUCCCUCGGCGAGACUCCCGUCAUUGUUCAUUCGCACUCGAUGCAAGCUUCUAUCUUCCACCCGACCCCGCGCGGAACACGAGCACGGAUACCUUCGCCUACUUGCCUUCUCAACGUGCAGUCACCGCCUUCCACUCCCCGAUCUGCUCGUGGUUUCUGCAUCCUUGGUCCUCGAGCGCGCAUCCAGCAUACGCGCACCUUCCGUCCGACCUAUCCGCCCUACGUCCCGCCUCAUGCCCGGUCGUGUCUUCCUCACUACUCCUCCCGGUUGAUGAAGCGCGGUCGAUGGGGCUUCUCCAACCCCGCUACUGCGCGCGCCGCGCUGUCGUCUGACCGCCGCUCCUUGACUUUCGGCUCGAGCGGGUCGCGCAGCCGUCUUUUCCUGGGCCCAUGCGGCACACUUCUCGCACGCACAGGUGUGAGGGGAAAAGCCUCCCACGGCUCUCCGUCCGCACCGUAUGGGAGUCACGGACUCCGGUGCGCGCGCAGGACGUACACGAUGCACGACACGCGGCGUUCCGUGGCGUUUGCGUAUUGUGUCCACUGCCGUCGUUUUCCUCAACGGGCGACCUCGAGCCGCCCGCCACCGACACGAGGCUCUCAGGCGGACGGCGGCGUUCAGAACUUCAGACGCAGACCGCAACAUCACGGCGGUCCGCACCGUCCUCGUGGACCCAGCCAUCCGGACGACGGCGACGUCGCUGAUUCAUCCUUCUUGGCCGAUAUCGAUGGACCUGAACGUCGCACUCGGACGGAACUCGCCAACCUGCGGCUACCGUGUUCUCUUUGGACGUCCUCACCACCUCCGGACCUGCCUCAAAAUAGCAAGUUCACGAUGCGUCUCGGUGCCGGCACCCGGCGCGCCUCCCGGAUUUCGGAUGUCGGCCACACUUGGCGUGCGGCUUCGCUGGCUCCAUUUCCGUACGCAUCAAGCCCGCGACUCCUAUCUCUGACCAUCGGUCACCUCGUCGAGGGGCGCGCAUUGCGGAACACGUUGAACUUGCCGGAACCAGUCGAUCGGAAGCAAGCCAAACGCUAUUGCCUCCUCCACGUUCCGGUCCCUCCUGUCAUACGCCGUACGCCCGCGGUGCGUACGAAACGGUUCUCGAGGCCACCACCCAAUCGUUCCGUCUCCGCUGGCAGCCGCGCGCGAGGAGCAGACAGGAGCCCGGGCGCCGAGAAGAUCGACACCGACAUUCUUGGGCCAUCGCGCGCGCGCGCGCCGCCGCGCUCCGUUCCGACAUUUGUGGCCAACGUCAAUCCCGCCGACAACUCCGCUCAGUCAGCGCCUUCCGGAACGCCUCGAGAGUUCGUGCGCCGUCGCCCCUGUCUGGCCGUCGUCCCGGAACGGGCUUUUCGGGCGACCGGCGACCGGCACGCGUUAUCGAUCGACGGCGCCCCCCGCGUCCCGCAUCCCGACGCGCGGCGCGCGGUGGACACACCGCCCCUACGCGUGCACGCAUGCGCGAUGCCGCAAUACUGGUGUCACCGUUACGCAAACGCGGCGCACGCUGUGGGCGGUUGGGGCAGGCCGCGCGGGGAUCGAUUCCGAGAAGGCGCAGAGGGCACACGUGGUGUUAAGCGUGCACGCCCGUCCGCGCGCUUCGACGCCGUCUGCAGCUGGGCCGCCGGUGAGAGACGUGAUGCGCGUGGUAGAGGGACUAAUGAAUGUGUAUUGCAUUGCAGGGAUGGGCGCGCCAGCCAGGACAUGCGCUUGCGUGCCUUGUCCACGGCGAACAACGAAUGA